AUGGUUAGUCAGUUCACGCAUGCUGCUCGUGCAACUCACUUAGAGGCGGUUAUGCGGAUUCUGAGGUACUUGAAAUCUUCUCCGAGAAAGGGUCUCUAUUUCUCAAAGCAUGGUCAUCUUAGUGUGGAGGCAUAUACAGAUGCUGAUUGGGCUGGAUUAGUCACUGAUAGAAGAUCCACCUCUGGCUAUUAUACCUUUGUCGGAGAAAAUCUAGUUACUCGGAGAAACAAGAAACAAAAUGUUGUUGCGAGGUCUAGUACAGAGGCCGCAUUCAGAGCUAUGGCCCAAGAUGUGUGUGAGCUUUUAUGGAUUUGA